UCCGUCUCUAAACUCUGUCAUUGAAUUACAAAUAUUAAAUUGCACCCACCAACCAAAUUCAUUUUGCACAAAUAUCUCAUCUACCAUUUUCUUUGUCUACAAGCUCUCUUCGAUCUGCCAUGUCCAUACGAGAGAGGAGAGGAUUUUGGGGGAAGAAAUUAAUCCCCUCAAAAUUUGUGAGACAUACCAUCCGAAACAGAGAAAGAAUGGAGAGCUGAUUGAUCAUACGUCACAUUCAGAAGUUAUGGAGGCCAUUGAGAAGUUAUCUGCUGCAUUUAAAGAACACGUAAAGCAAACUCAACAAUCUGAAGCUGAAAUUGGAGGCUCCAAUAAUGCAUCCAAAGCUGCAUUUCCUGAUUUGCAUUCCAAAUAUUUGGAAAUUGCUGGAGGCAAGAACAAAAAAAUAUUUGGACUAGGAAAGUAUGCAGAAGAAUUCCUUCAUCAACUCCAAUCAACUCACCGAAAGACUUCUUUAUCUUCACAACGUGCACUUGAAUUUUGUGUGUUUUGGGAUGAACAUAUGCGGAAAUGGUUAUCUUCACAAGGAGAGGAAUGUCCACCAGUAAUGCCACUUGUGGAUGAAAGUUUGCUACAUGAAGAUCCUUGCUCACAACCAAAAUCUUUUGAGGAAACAUGGCUUCCAUUUUUGAAGUCACUUGGAAUGGAAGUACCAAGUUUUUUUGAGUUCACUAAUUCAUCAUCAUCUCAAGACUCCCAAAACAUUCAGCAGUAGUUAUUUUCCAAUAGAUAUGCAAGUAUUUUGGGUGUAUUUUUGGAUUGUAGUAAGGCUUGUACUUAUGGUACAAUGACUUUUAAGUAUUCACUGGUAUUUGUUACCUCAUUCAUUCAAGUAUGACUUUAAUGGAGCAUGUAUCAAGUUUUUGCCUACCUAUAUAUCUUUGUUUAAUUAUUAAUGUUUUAGUUAUAAUGCCUUGUGUACAUUAUGUUGUUAUAUAAUUGAAUUGACAUAUUAACUUUUAAAAAAUUUAAUGGCAUAAAAAUAUUAAAAAGGAGCAAACUACUCUGUAUUUGUUAUUUUGUUUUUAAAUAUAACUAUUUUAGUAGCAGCAUAUAGUGGCGAAUUAUUUGUCACUAAUAAUAGUGGCGGAAUGUAUAGUCACUAACUCCCGUCUUCAAUUUGUGACAGAAAUGAAAGUUCGCCACUGAAGUAUUUAGCAGCACGAUUUCAAUGACAAAAGUUUCGUCAGUAAUAGGCGUCAUUAUCUAUGUUAGUGACAGAUUCAUUGACAAACUUUCC